CGGUGACCGGAUACUGUAUUCCCUCCUCAUCAUUUUAAUGUAAGAUGGUAGUAAGACGCCGCUGCCUAAAGAAAUAGUUAGACUAGAAUAAAUAUCCAAACCAGCCAUUUAAACCCAAAACAGAGCCGGACAGGAUUGUAGAGGAACUCCGGGUGCUUUAGGGAAAACCAUUUCCGCCCUGAUAUUUGUAGAAAUAUCUUCGGAGAGGAAUCCCGGUUGAACGCUGUAGUGUCUCGCUCCGGUGAGUUGCCGUGAUCGCAGCCAUAUUCGUGCAAUAAGAUGUCCCGUAGCCCUGAGCUGAAGGAAGACCCCAUGGAGUGCCCUCUGUGUAUGGAGCCUCUGGAGAUCGAUGACGUCAACUUUUUCCCGUGUACCUGCGGCUACCAGAUCUGCCGUUUCUGCUGGCAUAGAAUUCGCACAGACGAGAACGGCCUUUGCCCAGCAUGCAGAAAGCCGUACCCGGAGGACCCGGCUGUGUACAAGCCCCUCUCACAGGAGGAGAUCCAGAGGAUAAAGAACGAGAAGAAGCAGAAGCAAAACGAGAAGAAGCAGAAGGUGACGGAGAACCGGAAGCACCUAGCGAGCGUGCGCGUGGUGCAGCGGAACCUCGUGUUCGUAGUGGGUCUCUCUCAGAGGCUCGCGGACCCUGAGGUCCUUAAGAGGCCGGAGUAUUUCGGAAAGUUCGGCAAAAUUCAUAAAGUGGUCAUCAAUAACAGUACAUCGUAUGCGGGAUCACAGGGUCCUAGUGCCAGUGCCUAUGUUACAUACAUCCGCUCAGAAGAUGCCCUAAGGGCAAUACAGUGUGUUAAUAAUGUGGUUGUUGACGGUAGAACACUCAAGGCUUCUUUAGGCACAACAAAGUACUGCAGCUAUUUUCUUAAAAGCAUGCAGUGCCCUAAGCCGGACUGCAUGUAUCUGCAUGAACUGGGAGAUGAGGCAGCUAGUUUUACUAAAGAGGAGAUGCAGGCUGGGAAACACCAGGAAUAUGAACAAAAACUACUCCAAGAUCUUUACAAAGCAAAUCCCAACUUUCUACAAUCUUCAACAUGCGGAGGGGAAAAGUCUAAAAACAAAGCAAAUACUACACAAAGACAGAACAGCGGUGGUAAAGAGGGUUGGCCUUUAUUACAGGGUUACGGUAAACUAGUGAAUGGUUUACCUACAGAACAUAGGAAGUCCCCGCCCCUUUUAGAUUGUUUGACAGACUCGGAUCACUUGACCCCAGAAGAGCCAGACUCUGAUUUAGGAACAGAUCAAAACACAGGACUCUCACACUUCUCCUCAGUCUUAGAACCAACCAGUCCUGUUGAUAAAUCAACAGAACCUAUAAGUAUAGGGAAUGGAGAGAAUAUAGCACAGGUCUCGAGCAGUGACUCGCCUUCCCCUCCCCCUGGUUUUUCUAAGCCAAGCCUGGCAGUGCCCAUCAGUGUGGCAGAACUCGCAGCUCGCUCGCCGUUUGAGGGCGCACCUGCCGAAUCUCAGUCACUCUUCUCAGACAACAGUAACUUCAGACAUCCGAACCCCAUUCCCAGCAGUCUACCUUCUUUCCCAAGCUCCCCACAGGGUGGUUCUGACUGGCCCAUGACCCCUGAACCCCAGAGCCUCUUUACCUCAGAAACUAUCCCCGUGUCCUCAUCCACUGACUGGCAAGCAGCUUUUGGCUUUGGCUCUUCGGCCAAGCAGCAGCAGCAGGAGGAUGAUCUAGGCUUCGACCUUGAUGUGACGAGGAAAGCGCUGGCUGACCUCAUAGAGAAGGAGCUGUCGGUGCAGGAACCCUUGCCACGUUCGACCUCACUUAUCCCUAAUGGCCAGCCACGCCUUCCCCCGCUGCAGCACCGCGGCCUCUACAACUCCUUCAGCCUGCCUGCACACGCCCAGGGCAGCCCCGCACGCCAGCCCUGGAUGGGCCUGCCCACUCGCAACAACCUCGCACACAUAAACCACAUCGCACACAGCCAUUUCUUAGACCAAAGCUACCCACCACACCACCACCACAGCACAGGUCUCGGGGGAAUAACUAUAUCAGAAAACAGUGGUUCUGUGGAAAGCAUAAAUGUGAAAGAGUGGCAGGAUGGCUUGAGAGCACUCCUUCCAAAUAUCAACAUUAACUUCGGAGGCAUCCCAAAUUCCACAUCAUCUUCCUCUUCCUCUUCUUCAUCCACCUCCAGUAUGAACCACAUGGGGCUCCCGGCAGGACUCUCGCACAGCCUGAGCUGGGACGGCACGACAAGCUGGAUGGACCCAGCUAUUAUCACUGGUAUGCCAGCGUCCACCGGUAGCAGUUUGGACUGUGUGCCAGACGAAAACCCCCCUCACUGGCUCAAGUCUCUACAAGCUCUGACUGAGAUAGACGGGCCGAGUGGAUCGGUGGUGUCUCAGCCUCGUCACUCAGCCAUGCUGGACUCUGCAGUUCGGCUUCCUCUGCACAGAGGUGGCUGGGCCCCAUACCUCCCUCCUCCAUCGCUCGCUCCCAGUCACUUCCACUCUCCUCCCCCAGGCUUCCAGACAGCCUUCAGACCUCCAGCGCAGACGACAACAGACCUCCUACAGAGUGCCGCCAUGGAGCGCCACUAGGGACAGACCCUCAUCUCUCUCUCCAUCCCAUUUAACUUAACUGUAAUGACGUGCAAAUAUCCUGAUCAUUAAUAACAUAAGCUCUUAUUUGUCUGACCCCCUGUCUCCUCUCCAUUAUCCGCCUUCACCCUCCUGUAUUUUGAGGCACACGUUAACAAAUGUUUUAGUGGUUGGGGGAGGGGGUGUUCCAUCAUUCAUAUGUAAACAAUCAAGGAGGGUCUGAGAAACAUUUGAUGCGCACACUAUUAAUAAUGGUUAAAAACUUAUACAGUACUCGUCCAUUCUAGGCUCCAAUUUUGAUCUAAUACUGUGAAUGUGUUACUUAAUGACAGGGAUCUUAAUGACUAGUUUAACAGAGGUCAUUCGGACAGUCAUUUCAGAGGAAAUGCUUGUCAAUGUGGUCUUGCAAUUUACUUUGGCUCACAGAAAUAUAGGAGGUUACAAGAAAACAGACCCUGUGGUGUAAAUGUACACACAAGUCUUAAUGCCACAAAGCAUCGACAGAGACCCCUGAUGCCCUCAGACAGCAUGCGGGCAGUUACUGCUGUACCUCUGUAUCAGAGGAUGGAGCACUGCCCUGCUGAUGGCUGGGGGUUUGGGGCCUGUCUCAAACCCAUAGGAUGAAGGAUGCCACCAUGUGGCACUUUGUCACUUCACUACUAGUGAGAAGCAUUAAGACUGCAGUGCACAGUUGCAAAAUAUGAUUAUUAAAAAUACACAGCUAAGGAGACAAAAAUCGCAGGUAAAAUGCUGAUAACCUGAGCUCUAGUAAUGACUGAAGUUUUGGUAACACCUGACCAAUCCAGGCCUUCCUAAUCAUCAUCAUUUUUUUUUUUUUUUUGGCUCUACUGUGGCCCAUACUAAACAGUAUUUAUCAGACACACUCCUCCAUUCUUUCAGGAAAAAUUCAAUAUAAUACAACCUCUUCGUUUUUAAACAUGCUGCUGAGAUAACACAUUUAAUACAAAGUGAAGAGCUAAAAAAAUGAAUAAAUAAUCUGGUACAACAAAAUCCUAAAUAAAAUUGAAUACUCAGUG